AUGAGCGAGUACGAACGAAUCAAGCGUUCGUGCUUGAAACGAGGGGAACUUUGGGAGGAUCCAGAAUUUCCUGCGACGCAAACGUCGGUUUUCUACCAUCAGACACCUCCAUUUCAGUUUCAAUGGAAGAGACCAAAGGAAUUAUGCAACCGUCCGAUAUUCGUCAGCGAUACACCUGCACAGUUCGACGUAAUACCCGGGAAAAUGGGUGACAAAUGGCUGGUCUCCUGCCUGGGCGUUCUUCACCUGAGCAAAGGACUGUUCUACAGGGUGGUGCCAGCCGAUCAAGGGUUCGGGAACAUAGGAGAGCCGCCCGGAUCACCGACCGCCGAGUACGCCGGGGUGUUCAGGUUCCGGUUAUGGUGGUGCGGCGCCUGGGUCGAAGUUCUCGUCGACGACAGGCUACCGGCGAUUCACGGACGGCUGGCUUUCGUGCAGAGUCGUCACAGUGAUCAAUUCUGGCCGGCUCUUCUGGAGAAAGCGUACGCUAAACUGCACGGUUCGUACGAGGCUCUCAAGUAUGGAACACUGUUGGACGGUCUGUCUGAUCUCACCGGUGGAAUCACAGAGAGUAUCGCUAUACGACAAGAUCCUACCGCCUGCGGACGUGUCUUGGGAAAACUCCUCGACAUGACAUCCCUCAUCACGUGUACAGUAAAUAACAAUCAGCAGCAAAUUCGUGCCAGUACGGAGAAACUAGCGAAUGGUAUUCAAAUGGGCAUCAACUACAGGCUGUACGCUAUUGAAAGGGUGGAGACGUUCAACGGCGAGGCAGUUCAGUUAGUAAAAUUAAGAAAUCCUCUUGGACCAGGUAGGGAGUACGUCGGAGCUUGGGCGAGAGGUGGCCUCGAAUGGGACGAAGUACCACCGAUGGAAAGGGAACGUUUGGCGGUCAGAAACAUGGCCGAAGGGGAAUUCUGGAUAUCGUACUCGGAUUUCGUGAAGACAUUCACUCAUCUAGAAGUCGUACAUCUUGAUGCUGAAACGUCGAGGGAUGAGCCGUCGUUGCAUAGCAAACAUACCUGGCAAAUGAAACUCUAUCAAGGCAGCUGGAGGAGAGGCGUGACCGCGGGAGGAUGUCGAAACAAUGAAGAAACUUUCCAUAUUAAUCCGCAACUACACCUGAUUCUAAGCGAAGUGGAGGAAGUAAUUGUUUCAUUGUACCAACACUCUAUCAUGGAGAUCAAAGUGAUAGGCUUCACAGCUUAUACUUUACCGAAGAACAGCACGGAGUCGAUAAACAAGCAAUUUUUCAAGAAAAACAAAUCCCUGGUGAAUUCACAGUACACUAACAGUCGUCAAGUUAGCCACAGAUGUCAAUUAGAUCAGGGUGGUUAUUUGCUGGUACCUACAACUUUUGAACCCACGCAAGAAACGAGUUUCACGUUGAGAGUUUACAGUAGUAAACCUUUAAAAUUGAAACUUCUCGAUACGCCACCGUCCUUAAUGAAAUCGGCCAUCAUCAAGGCACCACCUCUGGAAGGUAAAGGUUUUUCACAAUACGAAGCUGUCUUCUUGCAGCUUGCUGAUGAACAUAGGACAGUGAACGCUUUUGAAUUGCAAGAACUUUUGGAGGCCUGUUUACCGAAUGAUUAUAUAAAAAGCUGUGCUUGUAUGGAAGUAUGCCGGCAAGUGGUUUUGACGAUGGAUAGUUCCGGGAGCGGUCGAUUGAAAUUUAACGACUUCAAGGAUCUCAUGUGUAGUUUAAAAUACUGGCAAGCAGCAUUCAAGAACCACACAAAGGAAAAGACCGGUAUACUUAAAGCGGAACGAUUACGGGACGCGUUACUAGAAGUGGGAUUUCAAUUGAACACGGAUGUUCUUUCGAUUUUAAUUCUUCGAUAUAUGAGAAAAGAUGGAACUCUGAGAUUUGGAGAUUUUGUCUCGGCAAUACUUCACUUGAGUGACGCAUUUGGAAUAUUCGAAAGUAAAGAUCCUUUACAAAAUGGGACAAUAAAGUUAAGCUUAACUGAGUGGCUCAGAUCAUCUCUGAUGUGCUGAAUUCACUACUCAACGUAAUGUGUGUACCUUGAAAUAUCUGUAAAUAAUGUUUUGUACGUCGUAUAUAGAUCUAAGUUUUAGCCAUAUUAACGGUUAACGAUCGAAUCCAUUUUUUUGCUGUUUGUAAAAUAAUAUCAUUAUC